AUGCUGCGACAGUCUCUGGCCCGUUCGGCCUGGCAGUCCCGGAGGCACGCCGCCCGCGUCUCCGCGAGGGCAUUUUCCGCCUCUGUCCAGCGGCCUGCCGAGGUCGAGCUCACCAUCGAUGGCAAGAAGGUCUCCGUUGAAGCCGGCUCGGCUCUUAUCCAGGCCUGUGAGAAGGCUGGUGUCACCAUCCCAAGAUACUGCUACCAUGAGAAGCUCAUGAUUGCCGGUAACUGCCGUAUGUGCCUCGUCGAGGUCGAGAAGGCCCCCAAGCCCGUUGCCUCCUGCGCGUGGCCCGUCCAGCCCGGCAUGGUUGUCAAGACCAACUCCCCGCUCACGCACAAGGCCCGCGAGGGUGUCAUGGAGUUCCUCCUCGCCAACCACCCCCUUGACUGCCCCAUCUGCGACCAGGGUGGCGAAUGUGACCUCCAGGACCAGUCCAUGCGUUACGGCGGCGAUAGAGGUCGCUUCCACGAGGUUGGCGGCAAGCGUGCUGUCGAGGACAAGAACAUUGGCCCCCUCAUCAAGACCUCCAUGAACAGGUGUAUUCACUGCACAAGAUGUAUUCGGUUCUCGAACGAUAUCGCCGGUGCCCCCGAGAUGGGCUCGACCGGUCGUGGCAACGACAUCCAGAUCGGCACCUAUCUCGAGAAGAACCUCGACUCCGAGCUUUCCGGCAACGUCAUCGAUUUGUGCCCUGUUGGUGCCCUUACCUCAAAGCCCUAUGCCUUCCGCGCUCGUCCCUGGGAGUUGAAGAAGACCGAGUCUAUCGAUGUCCUUGACGGUCUCGGUUCCGCCAUCCGUGUCGACUCGCGUGGCCUCGAGGUCAUGCGCAUCCAGCCCAGACUGAACGACGAUGUCAACGAGGAAUGGAUCAACGACAAGACUCGGUUCGCCUGUGAUGGUCUGAGGACGCAGCGCUUGACCAUGCCUCUCGUCAAGCGUGACGGCAAGUUUGAGCCGGCUUCGUGGGAGCAGGCCCUGAUGGAGAUUUCGGCCGCCCACCGUCAGCUCGCCCCCUCGGGUAACGAGUUCAAGGUCAUUGCUGGCGAAUUGACCGAGGUAGAGUCCCUGGUUGCCAUGAAGGAGCUGGCCAACAAGCUCGGCUCUGAGAACCUCGCCCUCGACAUGCCUUCUGGCAACCAGCCCAUUGCUCACGGUGUCGAUGUGCGCUCCAACUACCUGUUUAACUCGAAGAUCUGGGGUAUUGAGGAUGUCGACUGCCUUCUCCUGGUUGGCACCAACCCUAGGCACGAGGCUGCGGUGCUCAAUGCCCGUAUUCGCAAGCAGUGGAUGAGAUCGGAUCUUGAGAUUGGUGUUGUCGGCGAGACCUGGGAUUCCACUUUCGAAUUCGAGCAUCUCGGCACAGACUUUGCUGCCUUGAAGAAGGCGCUGGCUGGACCUUUCGGGAAGAAGCUGGCAGCCGCCAAGAAGCCCAUGAUUGUUCUCGGGUCCGCGGUCACCGACCACGCCGACGCCAAGGCCUUCUACGAGCUUGUGGGCACAUUCACCGACAAGAAUGCCGCCAACUUCCAGACCGCUGAGCACAACGGCUUCAACAUUCUCCAGCGUGCUGCUUCCAGGGCUGGUGCCUUCGAGGUCGGCUUCACCGUUCCCAACGCUGCAGUUGCCGAGACCGUCCCCAAGAUGGUCUGGCUCCUCGGUGCUGACGAGUUCAACGAGGCCGACAUUCCCAAGGACGCCUUUGUGGUCUACCAGGGCCACCACGGCGACCGCGGUGCCGCAAUUGCCGACGUUGUCCUUCCUGGUGCCACCUACACCGAGAAGGCUGGUACCUACAUCAACACAGAGGGCCGUGUCCAGAUGACCCGUGCUGCCACCUCAUUACCCGGUGCGGCCCGGACAGACUGGAAGAUCAUCCGCGCCGUCAGCGAGUUCCUCGGCGCACCUCUGCCCUACGACGACGUCGCUCAGCUUCGUGACCGUAUGGCCGAGAUCAGCCCCGCCCUUACCGCAUACGACGUUAUUGAGCCCACGUCAUUGCAGCAGCUGAGCAAGGUGCAGCUUGUGGACCAGAACAAGGGCGCGAAGCCUACCGGCGAGCCCCUCAAGAACCCCAUCAAGGACUUCUACUUUACCGACGUGAUUUCUAGAAGUUCGCCGACAAUGGCUCGUUGCUCAGCAGCCAAGGCUACCGGCAACCCUAAGACAGAUUUCAUGGCUCCUGGCAUGACAGAAGAUAAGCCUAUGGGCCAGGUCGCUUAUGGCGCGUAG